AUGACCUCAGCAACUCCUCCCUCCUCAGAAGGCUCCUCCCCUCAGAAAAUAUGCCACUCCCAGACACAGACUGACAUCACUAAGCCCCUGCUGGGCUCCCCGACGGGGCCCGGAGGUGCUGGUGCAGGUGGAGGAGCAACAGAUGCUGGAGGGACCAAUGCUCUGCGAAGAAGGCGCCGCGUCCUCUCAAAAGACGGGCGAAGCAAUGUACGAAUCGAGCAUGUAAGCGGACGUGGGGCGCUGUACCUUCGUGAUCUCUGGACGACUUUUCUGGACAUGCAAUGGCGCUACAAGUUCUUCCUCUUCUCUGCCACCUUUGCUGGGACCUGGUUCGUGUUUGGAGUGCUUUGGUACCUGGUGGCAUUGAUACAUGGAGAUCUACUUGAGUUUGACCCCCCCUCCAACCAUACUCCAUGUGUAAUGGAGGUGAAGACCCUUACAGGAGCCUUCCUCUUCUCUCUCGAGUCUCAGACCACAAUUGGCUACGGUUUCCGGUGCAUCACCGAGGAGUGUCCUGGCGCCAUUAUCCUGCUCAUCUGUCAGCUGGUCAUUACCAUGGUGAUGGAGAUCUUCAUCACCGGCACUUUCCUUGCCAAGGUUGCUCGCCCCAAGAAAAGAGGUGAGACGGUGAAGUUUAGUCAACACGCCGUUGUGGCAAAUCACGAGGGUCAGCCCUGCCUCAUGAUCAGAGUGGCCAACAUGCGCAAAAGCCUUUUGUUAGGAUGCCAGGUGACGGGAAAGCUUCUUCAGACGUCGCUGACUAAGGAGGGCGAGACGGUGCGGCUGGAUCAGCGGAACGUACCUUUCCAGGUGGACACGUCCAGUGACAGCCCCUUCCUCAUCAUCCCCCUGACUUACUACCACAUCAUCGACGACAACAGCCCCCUAAGGGCCUGGGCAGCCAAAGGUGGUGGCUGGACAGACCCUGACCUGGCUGACUUUGAGCUGCUGGUGAUCUUGAGCGCCACCGUUGAGCCGACCUCCGCUACCUGCCAGGUUCGAACAUCCUACCUUCCAGAUGAGAUCCUCUGGGGCUACGAGUUUCCCCCAGUCGUCUCCCUGUCUCCCUCAGGGAAAUACGUGGCCGAUUUCGCCUUUUUUGACAAAGUUGCCAAAACCAAAACCCCACCUCUCUUUAAGCAGGCCUUGCCACCGAGCCCGCCCUCACAGGCGACCCGUCGCCACGGCAGCAAGGAGGCAGGGACAGACCAGGAGAAGAUGCGACUGGAAGAGAACUACAGGGGGGAAGAGAAGGGGAGAGAGAGAGGGCGCAUCCGAGAUAGCAGCCCACUUAGUGUUCGAAUUAGUAAUGUGUGAGGGAAGAGAGAUAGGAAGUGGUUACAGGAGGUUGAUGUGAAACUGAGAUAAAUAAAGUUGACACAGGAAGAAAACAACCAGCUGCUCACACUGUGACAUCCAAACAUCUUCUGCACAAAACCGCCCACACAUUUCAAAGGAAAUUAAACACCUGUAACCACAGGUCUGUAGACAACACAACACCGAGCAAGUUACAAACCCAACAUGUACAAAUGUGCAGCACAACAAGUCAUCCACAGAGACAUUUUCUACACUCAUUGUUACUUUUUGGAAAAUACUUGAUUUACUGGAUGCUCCAACACUGCAGAAUCCUUCAUCUUACCAGGGCAUUUCUGUCUAUAAUGUAGCCCUAUAGGGUUAUAGAAAUAGCUUAAUCUGAUUCCAAUAGAAAUCAACUUAUUUUGAGAAUUGUCUAGAAAUGUGUUGCUCUUACUUGAACCAAGAAUGAAUUAUAAAAGUAAACAUGAUUUAAGAAAAAAGCUAAUUUCUAUUUCUUCUGAAAAUCAUAAUUCAACAACGGACACAUUGACCUGAUAAGAAGAUUAUAAUAAUUUUCAGUGUAGUUUAACGUCUGAUAAGGAUGUUAAUCACUGAAUCACGGUACUGUUUUUCCCCUUUUUUAUAUUAACAAAAUACCUGCAAAAGGAUAGGUACUGGAACCAUGUUAUAUAUUUGGCAAAUUAUUUUAAAGGAAUGUAUCAUAUUUUAUGUACCCAAUAGUUUCUAACAUCGUUUUGUUGCACCUGAAAAUAUUGUGCUUUUUGAUGAGAAUAUAUUUUUCUUGUUUAUUGGGGUUAAUAUGUUUAGUAAUACUACUAAAAGCAAUUUAACUUGAAAAAAAAGUGGCAACGGAAUAACUGAACUAACUGAUACUUAAUGCACUGUAAUAAAUGAUUAAAUCUUGUGUUAUGAUUGGGGAAUGUAAGUGUGAGUAUGCGUUUUUGGUUGUAUGAACUUAUUUGUCUUGAAUGUUUUGUACAGUAUGAGUUGAUGUACCUCUGUACAGUGUAUAAAACUAUUUUCCUACAUUCUAAAAUUUGAUAGACAACUCCACAUUUACCAUAUUAUCAAUGCAGAAAGUUAUUUCCAUAAAGUAGGCCGCACUACGCCCACCUUUUUACUGCUGUCAUUUUUUCCAGCCAAUGAGUGUCUAAUCAACUGAUUUUUUUUGUAUUAGAUAAGUUCAUAUAUUUGAAGGAAAAUAUCAUGCCUAUCUUUUUACUGUACAUGGAAAUGGCGAUAGAUGCAUCAAAAUGUAAUCAACUUGUGAUUCUUGUUAAAGGGAAAAUAAAAUCCUUAGUGAAUAAAAAGUAUCUUUUUAACUAAAGGAAUGAGGAGCAUUAGAAAUGUUUUACAAGAACGUAAAUUGCAACAAAAUAGUUUCUAUUCUUAAAGAAAUAUGAUAUUCUUAAAUGAUAUAUUAUAAAACUGAGGUUCUGGUUUAAAUGUUUCCUCUUGGUAGAAAUGAAGAGCCACUAUUCAAAUGUAAACAUCUGCUGCUCCAGACAAGCCCAAUGGAAAAUAUUCAAAAUAACUGAAAAUAUUUCAGUAUCAAUGUCUGGUGAGACUGGUUGUAUUUGUUUAUACUGUAAAGCCUUCUGUGUACACUGUAUAUGGAUCACUCCCAUUGGUCUAACUUUUUGAGUAAGCACUUUUAAGUGGCUGUUUUAAUAAAUGUAUUAUUUACAACAUG